AUGAAGUUCUUAUCAGCCACUCUUCUCCUCGGGGCUCCUCUGCUCGCCUCAGCCGCCUCUGUCCCCAAGCUUCUGGACCCAUGGCAGAUGCCACUCCAGGUCGACACCCAGGAUAAAGUCAGCGUCCCUGGAGAGAACCCGCUCGUGUAUUGUGGAAACCCAGACUCCUACACUCUCAAGAUCGAUUCCGUUACUCUAUCGCCCAACCCCCCCCCAAAGCGUAUUGGUCAAAAGCUCACUAUCACGGCCAGCGGUACCGUAGGGGAGGAAGUUGUGAAGGGCGCAUAUGUCAACCUGGUCGUCAAAUAUGGCCUCAUCACCUUGAUCUCGCAGACCGCCGAUCUUUGUGAUCAGCUUGGCAAUGUGGACCUACAAUGUCCCCUGAAGGAGGGCAAGAUGGUUCUGACAAAGGAUGUCGAAUUGCCCAAGCAGAUCCCUCCGGGUAAAUACUCUGUUAUGGCCGAUGUCUACAAUGAAGAUGAUACCCAAGUCACCUGCUUAGAGGCAAACAACAUUUCGUUCAACCUGCUGUAAAUGCAACUCAUCAUUUGAUCGUUAUUCUCCGGUUUUUAUAACUGCCUUGCAUACGACUACCAGGUGGCUUCUCGGCUUCUCUUGAUUUGAACGUUCAUAUUGGUCAUCGCUUGCCUUGAUUUUCCUAUGCCAGAAACGCCUCUUUCUACGUCUCGUUACGACCUUGCCUUCCUUUUCCCAUGUGAUGCCUCUGUUUUCUAUAAGCUUCUGUCCGCUCAGAUAUCAGUUUGCCUUGCC